UGAUUUUACAGAAAUCGCAAUAAUUUGAACAAAAAGUUAACUAUUUUAAUUUAAAAUUUAGUUUUUAAUUGUUUUGAGUUCUUUCUAUAGGUACUUUUUAAUUUUUAAUACUUUACGCCAUUUUAUUUUGAUCAAAGUCGUCUCGUAUUAAUAUAAACAAAAGUUUUGUAUCAAAUCAAACGUAAGAAAAAAAACUCAAAAACUAAGAAUAGUUUCAAAAAUAUGCUUUUAUAAUAGUCUUACUCACUGAAACUACUAUUUGACUUAUUGGGUCAUAUUUUGAGUUAAAACAAUUCCAAUGAAAAGUGCAACUGUUGAUGAUACAAUUGAGAAUUUAAGACAGUUAAAAACAAUCUGGGCGAAAAAUAGAGAAGAACAACAAACAGAAUUUAAUUCAGAAGCACGUAAUACAGUUAGGCGAACAUUAUUUGUUGACCAGUCAUCUGAUUUAGAAAGCAAUGAUAAUAUUUUAACUAUUUCUAACGAAAAUAAUCCCAAUUGGGCUUCAUACGUUAUAGACAAUUUAGGAAAAAAGAUUGUUAGCAAUAUGCCUGCAAAUAGUCAAACUCCCAUAAAAGAAAUAAAAGAGCGAGAUUCUGACAACAAACCAGGAAUAGGAUCUGAUUGUGGGAUCAAAGAUGUUUGGGCCCAUAAUCUAGAAGAAGAAUUUGCCUCAAUACGGAAAUUGUUGCCAAAAUAUUGUUAUGUAGCUAUGGAUACUGAAUUUCCUGGAGUUGUUGCCCGCCCAAUUGGUGAUUUCAAAACUACUGCUGAUUAUUUAUACCAGCUACUUCGUUGUAAUGUAGAUUUACUGCGAAUUAUUCAACUAGGGCUUUCUUUUUUUGAUGAAGAUGGUAAGACUCCUACAGGUCCAUAUACAACAUGGCAAUUCAAUUUUAAGUUCAAUUUAUCAGAAGAUAUGUAUGCUCAAGACAGUAUAGAAUUAUUAACUAAUUCCAGAAUUCAAUUUAAGAAACAUGAAGAGCAUGGUAUUGAACCAUUGGUUUUUGCUGAAUAUAUAAUUACAUCAGGUUUAGUGCUGAUGGAUAAUAUUAAAUGGAUGACAUUCCAUAGCAGUUUUGAUUUUGGAUAUCUAGUCAAAGUACUGACUGAUGAGAAAUUACCUCAAGAAGAAUCUGAGUUUUUUGAUAUGUUCUCAUUGUAUUUCCCAUGUGUUUAUGACAUUAAGUAUUUAAUGAAAAGUUGCAAAAAUUUAAAAGGUGGUUUACAAGAAGUUGCUGAUCAGUUGGAGCUAAAAAGAAUAGGCCCCCAACAUCAAGCUGGUAGUGAUUCAUUGUUGACUGGCAUGGCUUUUUUUAAAAUUAGAGAUAUGUACUUUGAAGGAAUGAUUGAUAGUAAAAAAUACUGUGGUCAUUUAUAUGGAUUAGGUAUUACUACAUUGAACAAUGGUCAAAUUCGAUAUGAUAAUAAUGAACAGGCAUCUAAUUGAUAAAUUCUAGAUUCAUGAAACUUAAUCGGAAAAAAAUAAAAUUUAUUUUAAUGACUUAUUAUUGUAUAAUUAUAAUUUUUUUAUUGUAACCAAUCAUUGUGUAUUUUCCAUCUGUAUUUUUUAAUUGUAACAAAACCUGAUUGUUCCAAGGAUACCAAUAUUAUUUUAAUUAAUAAAUAAAAUCAUUACUCAAAUUGUCCAUGUAUU